AUGAAUGUCCUUCUUAGGUGUCUUGUAACAUUACUUACACUGUUAUCCACAAGCUGUCAAAAGUAUGAACCAACUUGGGAGAGCAUAGACUCUCGACCGCUGCCAGAAUGGUACGAUGACGCCAAAAUCGGGAUGUUUAUUCACUGGGGUGUCUUUUCUGUGCCCGCAGUCCACAGCGAAUGGUUCUGGUGGUUUUGGAAGGGGCAACCUCAAAGUGAUAUAGUGAAUUUCAUGAAGAAGUAUUACCCGCCGAAUUUUACAUACGCAGAUUUUGCAAAGGAGUUCCGAGCCGAAUUUUACGACCCAAAUAAAUGGCGCGACAUAGUCCUUGCUUCUGGUGUUAAGUAUGUGGUUUUAACCUCUAAACAUAGCGAGGGGUUCAGCAAUUAUCCAACUAAUGUGACGUAUCAGUGGAACUCUAGAGACGUAGGUCCAAAGAGGGACCUUGUCGGAGAAUUACAGAAAGCACUAAGGGGAACAGAUGUCCGAUUCGGAAUAUAUCAUGCGAUGAUUGAGUGGUUUAAUCCGAUCUGGCUGGACGAUCAGAGGAAUAAUUUAACCACCCACAGAUAUGUUAAGGAUUACAUUCAUCCUCAACUCUUUGAAAUAAUUAACACAUACAAACCUGACAUCUUGUGGAAUGAUGCCGGUUGGCUGGCUCCAAGUUGGUAUUGGAAUGCUACGAUAUUCCUGGCCUGGUUGUACAAUGAAAGUCCUGUCAAAGACUACAUUCUCGUGAAUGAUCGUUGGGGAUCUGAUUGCUUUUGCAAACAUGGUGGAUUUUGGACUUGUUCUGAUCGCUUCAAUCCGGGUCAUGUGAUGCCACAUAAGUGGGUGAAUGCCAUGACAAUAGACAAAUAUUCCUGGGGAUACAGAAGAAAUGCUGACUUAUCAAAUUAUAACACUAUAGAGGAACUGCUGGAAGAAGUCAUUACUACGAUAAGCUUUGGAGGAAACAUACUGAUCAAUGCUGGACCAACAGCUUGGGGGACCUUUGAUCCAAUUUUUGAGGAACGUUUUCGACAACUUGGGUCAUGGCUAAAGGUGAAUGGACAAGCAAUUUAUAAAACGACACCUUGGAUACACCAGAAUGACACAUUGUCAAAUAGAGCAUGGUACACAGCAUCGAAAUCAGAAAAGAAAAUGAUUUAUUGCAUGAUACUCGAUUGGCCAGAAAACAAUGAAAUACUUCUUGGAUCGCUGAAAGGUUUUGAAGUCUCCACAGUUACUAUGCUUGGCACUGACGCGGAUGUUUAUUUUGUCCAGGAGUCACAAGGACUCAGGGUGUUAUUUCCCUUGGUAAAUGUUCGUAAAAUGCCUUGUCUCUGGGCUUGGGCUUUAAAGAUCACAUUGAAAUGAGUGUUGCUUUGUCCAAUUUAGUCCCAAACUUAGGGAAAAUAUGGACGUUGUAUUAAACAUUAUAAUAACAGAAAAUUGGGACAUAAAGAAUGAGAACUUCAUUUCUAAUAUUUCUUAUUUAUAACCUUCAAACAUGUAAUGAGUUGUGCAAUUGUAAAAAAAAAAAAGCCUUGUAAAAAAAAUCUUGUCCA